GAAGUGUAAAGAGAACUUGCUUGAUAGCUUCAAAAAUGGCCGGUCCUCAAAGAGUUAAAUAGUCGUAGUUUUUUAAAAUCAGAUUACACAAUAAUAUUCAUCGUUUAUUUGUUCACCGGAAUCCUUCGGUUUUUUUUAAUGCUGCGAAGUUAUGGGUUAUUGGGAGUAAACUGUGACCUUACGGACUAUUUAUGAUGUGAACUCAAACUGGAGAUGUGCGCAUUCUGGACUUUUAAGAGUUGGACAAACAUCGAGGGGAACUUUCACUUCCUGAUGGCACUUACAUGGAAAGGGUGGUUCGGAGAUUGUUGCCGGCUGCAGUGUGUUCGGUGGGGGAAGUGAGUAUUCCUCCCGGGGCAGAUUGCAGAAGGGGCAACGUCUGGGAGACUUCAGCUGCCCCCAGCUCCGGGCGAUGAAGAUGCACCUUAUCGCGGUGUUCGCCAACUAGUGGGAAGCGUGCUCCGCGAGUCCCCAUCUCCUGCGAGCACCCGGGAACCUGAGCGGGAACCUCUCUCCCUCAGGGCGGGACGGCAUUUGGAGGGAAAGCCGGUGAGACUGACUUAGAGGAGGCUCUAAGUGAGGAGAGGUGACAUCCGGGAGCAGGGAGGCUGAUGUUUCACGAUAGAAUGCCGAGGUGGACGUCAUUCGGUGUGUGAAUACGGGAUUAUAGGAGUUGGAACAUCAACCGGGUACCCUUUUGCCUGUUUGCAAAUUUAACAGAGGAACUUAGAUACAUGGGAAAGAGAGAGAGGGAAAUUCUGAAGAUUUCAAAGAACCCUAUAUACUACAGUCGAAUACUUCUGCUUUUCGUGAUCAAAAUCAAUACAAAGUAGAAAGGACUUUGUGAUUAGGGAGCCCCUGCAUUAGAGUUACUGAGUUGUAACAGCGUGCUGUUUCCCACACGCUUGUGCCAUUUGCCCGGAACAGAUCAUUGCGAUCCGGCCUGAAUGGAAGGAACUCUAAGACCACAGCGCUCCCUGGCAGAGCCGCCUCUCCCACAGGUCCAGGUCCAGAGCCGUUUGGGGGUCACAGCGGCUCGGAAAGAGGUCGAGGGUGAGGCAUUUUUCCCCGGUUCCUCGGACUCGCCCAGCUGGGACCUGUUCCGCCCGAGGCUGUAUGGAAUCGGGCCCCUGUCUCCGCGAUGCUCCCCACGGAAUUCACCCCGGCUCUUCCGCAAAUUGCACCUGAAUAAGAACAUUCGAGAAUACCGUCGGCACUCCAGUGUCCAGUCUUGUUUCGAUGUUGAGAAUGGCCCAUCUCCAGCUCGGAGUCCAAUGGAUGCACAAGCAAGUCCAGGACUGGUUCUUCAUCCUACUUUCCCCCAGAGCCAGCGCCGGGAGUCGUUCCUCUACCGGUCGGAUAGUGACUAUGACAUAUCGCCAAAAACAAUGUCACGAAAUUCCUCCGUAACCAGUGAUGUUCAUACCGAGGACCUUAUCGUCACGCCUUUUGCUCAGAUUUUGGCGAGUUUGCGCAGUGUGAGGAACAAUUUCACUGUCCUGGCCAACACUCAAGGGCCUCCGAACAAGAGAUCACCGAUAGCACCUCAGCCUGCACUCUGCACCCUAUCAGAUGAGACGUACCAGCAGCUGGCAAAGGAAACGCUGGAGGAACUGGACUGGUGCCUGGACCAGCUGGAAACCAUCCAGACCUACCGGUCUGUCAGCGAAAUGGCCUCUAACAAGUUUAAGAGGAUGUUGAACCGGGAGCUGACACACCUCUCGGAGAUGAGUCGGUCUGGCAACCAGGUGUCCGAGUACAUUGCCAGCACCUUUCUUGACAAGCAGAAUGAAGUGGAGAUCCCGCCACCCACGCCGAAGGAGCGGGAGAAGAAGUCAAAGCAGCCUAUGUGUCAGAUCAGCGGAGUGAAGAAACUGACCCACGGUUCGAACCUCAGCGUCGCCAACUCCUCCAUCCCUCGGUUCGGAGUGAAGACCCAGCAGGAAGACGCACUGACCAAGGAACUCGAUGACUUGAAUAAAUGGGGCCUUAACAUUUUCCGGGUAUCUGAGUUCUCAAACAACAGGCCGCUCAGCUGCAUAAUGUACGCCAUCUUCCAGGAGAGAGAUCUGUUAAAGACCUUCCGGAUCCCGGUCGACACGUUCCUCACUUACAUCAUGACGCUGGAGGACCAUUACCACGCUGACGUCGCCUACCACAACAGCCUGCAUGCCGCUGAUGUGGUACAGUCCACUCACGUGCUGCUCUCCACCCCAGCCCUGGACGCUGUCUUCACCGACCUAGAAACCCUGGCUGCGCUCUUCGCUGCAGCCAUUCAUGAUGUGGAUCAUCCGGGAGUUUCCAAUCAGUUCCUCAUCAACACCAACUCCGAGCUGGCUCUGAUGUACAACGAUGAGUCUGUACUGGAGAAUCACCACCUGGCCGUGGGCUUCAAGCUCCUCCAGGAGGAAAACUGCGACAUCUUCCAGAACCUUCCCAAACGGCAGAGGCAGAGUCUCCGCAAAAUGGUCAUCGACAUGGUCCUGGCGACGGACAUGUCCAAACACAUGACUCUACUCGCAGACCUGAAGACCAUGGUGGAGACAAAGAAGGUUACCAGCUCAGGGGUGCUGCUCCUUGAUAACUACACGGACAGGAUCCAGGUGAUGAGGAACAUGGUGCACUGUGCUGACCUCAGCAACCCCACCAAACCUCUGGAGCUGUACCGGCAGUGGACUGACCGAAUCCUGGAGGAGUUCUUCCGCCAGGGUGACAGGGAGCGGGAGCGCGGGAUGGAGAUCAGCCCGAUGUGCGAUAAACACACUGCGUCGGUGGAGAAGUCCCAGGUGGGCUUCAUCGAUUACAUUGUGCACCCGCUGUGGGAGACGUGGGCUGACCUCGUCCACCCCGAUGCCCAAGACAUCCUGGAUACGCUGGAAGACAACCGAUAUUGGUACCAGGGUAUGAUCCCCCAGAGCCCCUCACCUCCACUGGAUGAUCCCAGCCAGGGAGAAGAGGUUUGCCCAGACAAGUUCCAGUUCGAGCUGACUCUGGAAGAGGAGGAUGAUUCCGACCCGUCGGACAAGGAGAGAAGCAGCACGGGGGAAGAGGACGCAAACUGGAUUAACUCAGAAGAGUCUGUGGCUGACUUCACAGUGACACAGGAGGAGAGAGAGCUAGGUCCCAGGUGCAAGGACUCUUCCCCUGCGGAAUCGUAGACCAGGAAGCUGGUGGGACGGACCACGCGGAUGAAGUUUGUCUUUUUCUGGAGACGUGCGAGUCAACUGUAGAUUGGAAUCCAGGCCCACGGGCCGGAUUCUGCCAUCAGUGUGCCCCCAACACUCAGGAAACUCCGAGCGGGAACAGGCCAGAGAUGGAAGCCAUUCUUUGCCCGCCUUGGACCUCAGCACGGGUAAUGGGGGCGAGAGAAGGGGGCUUCAGAACAACAUUUAUGUUCCACACUCUCGCCCCUCAACCCCUCCCCACCCCAUGACCACCUCCCCACAAACCAACAUACUGAAAGAGAAGGUGGAGGGGGUAAGUUUCACUGGGAGUCACUUUCUCUCCAGUACCAGGAUUCUGAAGAGGGUGCCCGAUCUGGGGAGUGCCUUUCCUAGAUUUACCUACAAGCUUUGUCUUCGUAGUUAAGUCAAGCAAUGAGUUAUUUUAUUUUUAAUGUUAUAUUUUAUGUAGUCUUACUUCUAAUUUAUUCUGCAGAGUUAGAUCAAGGGGUCAUAGCCAGGGGCUUUGAGCGGACCCAGUUUAACACUAAACUCUGCUCCUCAGUUUGUGAAGUCUUCCUUCAAUCUUCAUUUGCACAAUUCCGCAAUAUCUUUGGGACUUUUAAUAAUUUAUGUUUUGAGGUUCUGGGAUGUGUUUGUCUGGCAUAGGAAAGGAAUUGCCUCCCACCCCUUUUCUGUGUCCCAGGAACUCGCUGCAUUUUCACGUCCAGGACAGGCUGGAAGUCAGGUUUGGUCCAGGGUCCAGUUGUUCCACCGGGACAAUCGCGAGGCCCUUUCACCCUUCCUGUGGGGUGAGAGCUGUCACUGAGGUCAGCGCUAGGACCUGGUCCUCACCCUCACUGCUGCAAACUUUCUAGCCAAUGGGUAUCUCAGCCAAAUGCACAGGUGACUUUACCCCCUUGUGUGUGCACAUAUCUGAACACACAUGCAUGGACACAAAUACACGUACACAUGCAGCGACACGCAUGCAUGCAGAUACACACGCAAAUGCAUACGUGCAUAGGCGCGUGUUUGCAUUAACACAAGACACAAAUGCACACCACACAGAUUGAAAUACCUAUGCAUCUGUACAGGCCUGAAGUCUAACAUACAAACAGACGUGAACUCAUAUGUGAGCACAUGGGAAGUCACGUGUGUCUGCUUGUGUAUGGCAGGAUUGACGGUGUUUGUUCCCGUUGCUGGGAUCAAGAUGAGCUCUGGCCUCCCCUUCAGCUCCUAUUUCGUCCAGUCAUUAAAUUCCAGACAUGAAAUUGCUGCUUUCCUGGUUUGCUACAUAAAAAAGGUCAGGAUCAAUCAGAUUUUUUUUUUGUUGCCUUAAUCUUGGUUUGUGUUGCCGGCAGCCAGCCUCAGCUGUGCGGGAGGUGAGACUGCGGCUGGCGCCGUUGGUGAUUACUGGCUGUGCUGCUGGAGCCUGCCCGGAUUGUCAGCAAGUCCGGCUCUUCAUGGCCCACUGAGUGUAGACUGGGAGGUGGACUGCAUUGGUGCUGGGUCAAGGAUCUUGGCCCUCUGGAAACAAGGUGUGGGGAGGAGGUCGAUGGAAAGGGUAGGCUAUUCCAGUGUGGCCAUGUUCUCAGGCUCCUCCCUGCCCCUGCAGGUUCCUGGCAGUUCUCCAAAGACCAUCAUUCCUGUGGCUGGGAUGCCUGCAGCCACCAUUCCACCCAGGGCCAUUUAUGCAGGGUCGUGUGGGAGUCAGGUUUGGGUGAGGUCAGCCUGUCUAGAAAGAGUGUUUAACCUCUGCAGUGUUCAGACUUGGCCACAGCGUCUUGACAAGCUCCAUAGCCAGUCUGCCUUUCAGUGGCAAUUAUUAACAGAUCAACAGAACCUCCCGAAAAACUGGGAUUGAGGAUCCAGGAAACAGUCAGAGGAGGGUUAAUUGACCAGAGAAAGAAAUGGACUUAGCUUUAGCUUAGUCCGAGGAAGAGUCUUUGACCUGCAACUUCGACUGUUUUUCUCUUUCCCAGCAGGUUCUGCUUUUAAUUCAGAUUUUCAGUUUCUACAGGGCUUUUUUUUAAACUGUUUAUCGUGGGGUGCUCACUCCCUUGGAAAAGGAGCUGGGAAGGAAUCCCAAUUCCAGAAGAGGGAGUUGUGGAAGGGAUGGAGGCACAAGGCCUGGGAGGGUGGAAGAGUGUCAGGGUGGAGUCACUUUCUGCAGGGCGUAUGGAGGUCCCUUUGGAUUGGAGUCCACCUUGAGUCUGCGUGCUCUCCAGGGAAGUUGGGUUUAUCACCCACCUGAUCUCCAUCGUUCCUUUCGAUUCUGGUGCUGGAUUCUUUGGGGAUCCUUGCUCCUGAUCUUGGAAGACCCUCUCUCUGGGAACAGAGAGACCUUAGCUGGCAAGGCUUGGCCACUUGGGAUGGUCCCACAGCAGCAGCUCAGGACUGAGCUUGUACAGUUUUUUCAGUUCAUUAUUCAUAGUUUUAUUCUGUUUAAUUCUGAUUGAUAUUUGUACAUAAUGUAAUGUUUGUAAAUGGUUCAUUCCAAAACUGUUGCUAUGAGAGGACCAAGAGGUGAUCGUGGUGAGGUCAGAAGUUGUGAGUCCAAGUAAUGUGCCCCAGCAAACUGUUACCCUGGGAUGGAAGAAUGCCAGCAAACAGGGCUGGCAAAUGUGCAGUGAAUGCACACACUCACACUCAUUCAUUCAUUCAUUCAUUCAUUCUCUCUCUCUCUCUCACAAACACUCACUCUCUCUCUCUCACAAACACACUCCCUCUCACUCACAGACACACACACACACUUCCUCUCUCUCACUCUCACACACGCGUGCGUGCGCGCACACGCACACACACAGACUCAGACUCGUGCACGCGCGCACACACACACACACACACACACACACACACACACACACACACACACACG